AAAAAAUUCCAAUCUUCCAACGCCUAGUCUUCUGCGCUCAAGCUUCGUCUGCCGUGCUCACCCAUUCACGCUUCCAUCUUCCCGGAAUCCCCCAAUACUCCAUGUCUGUAACGUCUAUCUCCCACAAGCUUCCUUGGCAACAUCUCCAUGUCUGCGCAUCAACGUCUUCUACCUUCAACAGAACACUGCUCUACUGAAUCUCAGCCAAAAAAGAACACUGUACUACAGACUCUACUUCACACACUCACGCCCACACAUUCUUUUGUUCGUCGGGUAAUACCUGUUGCACGAACACUGAUAGACCUCCUCAGAGAGAUCCACAGAAAGCUUCAAAACCUCUUUCUCUUCCUCACAAUGUCAAAACCCACCUCGGAACCAGAGCUCCAAUCCUCUGCACUCGAACCUCCUCCUCCAGUACCCUUUGAUCCAACGCAGCCUUCCGUGCCGAUCUCCUAUCCAAUCAAAACCCUCGAAGACCUCGAGGCCCGGUCCUACUUCAAGUCCUUUCACUACCCUUUUAACAGAGCUUCGGUAGCUCUUCAAUCUGGGUCUGGGUCUUCUUCUUCGUCUUCGUUGCCGAAUAGGCGUAGAUUGCUUGUGUGCCACGACAUGCAAGGAGGGUAUGUGGAUGAUAAGUGGGUCCAGGGAGGGACUAAUCCCAAUGCCUAUGCUAUAUGGCAUUGGAAUUUGAUCGAUGUUUUCGUCUACUUCUCGCAUAGUCUCGUCACGCUUCCCCCUCCGUGUUGGACCAUUACGGCUCACAGGCAUGGCGUUAAGGUACUGGGGACUUUCAUCACAGAAUGGGAUGAAGGGAGACUUAUUAGCAAUAAAUUUCUCUCAACAAAGGAGUCCGCUCAAAUGUAUGCCGAGCGCUUGACAGAGCUUGCUGUUGCUCUGGGCUUUGAUGGAUGGCUGAUUAAUAUGGAGGUCAAAUUGGAUUCAGGGCAAAUCCCGAAUCUGAAGGAAUUUGUCAACCAUCUAAACCAAUCUAUGCAUUCCUCAGUGCCUGGUUCUUUAGUGAUAUGGUAUGAUAGUGUUACAAUUCAUGGUGACCUCCUAUGGCAAGAUCAACUGAAUGAAAUGAAUAAACCUUUCUUUGAUAUUUGUGAUGGAAUAUUUGUAAACUAUACAUGGCAGGAAGACUAUCCAAGUCGUUCAGCUGCUGUUGCUGGUGAUAGAAAGUUUGAUGUUUACAUGGGGAUUGAUGUAUUUGGAAGGAAUACUUAUGGGGGCGGGCAAUGGAAUACAGAUGUUGCUCUUAAUGUGCUAAAAAAGGAUGACGUGUCGGCUGCCAUAUUUGCUCCUGGAUGGGUUUAUGAGACUAAUCAACCACCUGAUUUUCAGACAGCACAAAAUCGUUGGUGGGCUAGUGUGGAGAAAUCAUGGGGAAUAGUACGAAAUUAUCCCAAAGUACUGCCCUUCUAUACAAAUUUUGAUCAGGGGCAUGGUUAUAAGUUUUCAAUUGAUGGAGCAGAAAUAUCAGAUGAUCCUUGGUGUAACAUUUCAUGCCAAGGUUUCCAGCCUUUCCUCGAUUUUGCUGAUAAGCCUACUCCAGACACUAUCCAAACACUUGUUGAUUUUAAGGAAGCAUCUUAUAGCGGAGGAGGAAACGUCACAUUUAAAGGAACUCUUGAAGUCGAUGCCUUUUCCACUAGAAGGCUUUUUCGUGGAGAACUUCCUUUGGGGGAUUUACCUAUCCACUUUACAUACUCGGUGAAAUCAGAGGGGGACUCUGAACUGGGCCUUUCUCUUUGGUUCUCUUCUCCACUGAAUGAAAGCAUCUCAAUACUUCUUGCACCACGGGAAAUGAACCAAAUCUCAAGCAAAUUCAGUAGGGUAAUUACAACACGCCGGCUUGAAAAGGCAGGAACUGUCCCAGGAUGGGUCAUACAGGAGGCCAGCAUCUCAAUGAACCAAUGCACAUUAACAGAAAUCCAUGCUGUGUGCUAUCGGUCAAAGCAUGAACUUAAUGAAACGAAACCAGCUCGCCGCCCAGUAGAAUAUUUUGCAGUACUUGGUCAUAUCUCUAUUAAAACUUAUGAAAAAAACUCAGUUUUUCCGCGCUCCUCCUCAUGGCAUGUUGACGGUGAAUUUAUCAAAUGGACUUCUGGUUCUAAAGGUUCCAAGACCCUUAGUUUGAAAAUUGUUUGGAAACUGAAAAUUGGAACUAAUGCUGCUGCAUUCCCAAACUACAUUAUCUAUGUCAAAAAACUAGAAAAACAGGUGGUUGGCAAUCAAGAUGGAAUACUAGAAGGGGCGCCGGAGUAUCUUGGAACAGCUCAUGUGGAAGCUUUCUAUGUUUCUGAUCUUGCAGUUCCUUGUGGAACUUCUAGUCUCAAAUUCAUUGUUCAAGUGUGCACUGCUGAUGGGACUUGCCAGAAAUUGGAUGAUUCUCCAGCUUUCUCAAUUGAUGCUGAAGGUCCUUAAGUCUAUUGCUUCUUUUUUUAACCCUUCCUUUUGUGUAUUACUAUUUUUUUUUCCUUCCCCUUUUCAAGAAUAUUAAGUGAAGCCUCGUCUCUGGCUAGUGUUGGUAGCAUGACGAUAAAGUGACAAUAAAAGUAGAUUGUAAUAAAAAUUGUCUGUCAUCCAGAUGAUUUGGUUUUUUUGUUUUUA